AUGGCAAAAGGGCAGACGGGGUCUUCCCCCCCCUCGGCGGAGUCUACCCUUCCUACGAUGCUGUUGAAACCCUGGGCGUUCCUUCGUCCGACGAAUAAUCUACACGCCCAGAUCGCGGAUUCUGCAAAGCAAAUCCUUGAUCCACUGGCCACCUCCGUCGUCAACGAUCAAGCCCUACGCCGUCAAAUCAACAAAAAGCGCAAGAGGGUGGAUGCUGAAUUGGAUGGCGCGCCGCCCCUACAAAUGAAGAACCUCUAUGUCGACGGCUUUACCUCUAAUCAAAUAUGGGAACAAGCCACGAGGAUUCUUGAGUCCGCUGGAAGGGAGGUGGAGCGGGAUAUUACGUUACUUGCCCGCAAUAGCGACUAUCCAUCCUCGGCCGAUGAGGACAACUUCGAUUCCUUGGAUGUCUCCGAUCCCGAGGGUUCGGGAUCUGACAGUGAUGACGCCGACAGCAUGUCGGAUGAUUUCUCGGACAAUACAAGCCUCGAAGAAAAUGAAGGAGGGAUGGAUGGCGAGUCUGAUAAUUUGGACGACGAAGUGUCGGAAGAUGCUCGUGCAAUGGACGAAGCUAUGAGCGACGAUGAAGGCUCGGUCGACCGUGCGGAGGAAGAUACCGGCACCUACGUCGAAGAUCGCUUCGGGCUUAACGACGGAUUCUUCUCCAUUGAUGAUUUCAACAAGCAAACCGAGCUCUGGGAGCGGCAAGACGCCAAGGGAACUGCCAACGAUGCCGACGACAGCAGUGACGAGGAAGUUGACUGGCAUGCUAAUCCCAUUGAGACUGGCGAUAAUGUGCUUCGUUCCAAAGCCGCAGCUUCGAGGACCGAUGACACGAAUGAUAGUAGUGACGAGGAUGGACCGACCUUUGGCAAUGCGGAUCUUCACGGCGACUCCGACUCCGAUGAAGAUGCCUUUGAUACCGGCGAUGCUGAUAUGGGUGGGUUUGGGAACGCAAACGACAUCAAAUACGCUGAUUUCUUUGCCCCGCCGCCGCGCAAAGCCUCAUCCAAGAAAGCACGUGCAUUGCCAAAGACCCAGCCAGCCGCCGAAGACCUCACGGAAGGUGACGUUUCACGCGCCAUGGCCGAUGUCCGGCGUGAUCUGUUUGACGAGGAAUCUGAGGCUGAGGGUGAGGAAGAUGAGCAGCUGGAUGAGGCGGACGACUCCCACGUUCCACGAUCGACGCAUGAGAAACAACGCGCGCGGAUUGCGGAUGAAAUCCGUCGUCUGGAAGCGGCCAAUGUGGCGAAGAAAGAAUGGAUGCUCGUCGGUGAAGCCAGGGCGGUGGAACGGCCUGUGAAUUCCCUCAUCGAGGAGGACCUCGACUUUGAACGUGUGGGCAAGCCAGUUCCCGUGGUGACGAACGAGACCACCGAGGAUAUCGAAGAGCUCGUCAAGCGUCGCAUCCUUGCCAAGGAGUUCGAUGAAGUGGUUCGCCGUCGGCCAGGCGCCUCCGACGCCCAGCCCCGACGUGGGCGAUUCGAACUGGAGGACACCAAGCCUCAGCAAAGUCUCGCGGAAAUGUACGAAGCCGAUCAUCUACGAGCAACCGAUUCGAACUAUGUCGACCCGAAGAACCAGAAGUUAAUGCGCGAACGUGCCGAGGUGACCGACCUCUGGAAGGCAGUGAGCUCCACGUUGGAUCUCCUCUGCAACUGGAACUACAAGCCGCAGGCACCUCAGGCGAGCAUUAACGUUGUCAACGAUGCACCAACUAUCAUGAUGGAGGACGCACGGCCAACCGCUGGUAGCGCUGUGGCAGGGCCGUCGGCCCUGGCGCCCCAGGAAAUCUACACACCCGGUAAUGACGGCCGAGUCGCUGGCGAAAUGGUGCUCAAGACUGGCGCGACGAUCUCCAAGGACGAGAUGAGCCGGGAAGAGAAGGCCCGAAUGCGGAGGCAGAAGAAGAGCCAGCGGAGGGAGGACGGGCCGACUCGGCCGUCGGGCAAAGCGGGCGAGAAGCAGGAGAUUGUGAGUGCCCUGAAGAAGGGCGGUGUCAAGGUCAUCAACAAGGAGGGCCAAGUCACGGAUAUGAGUGGAGCAAAGGUGGGCGCGGCUACCAAAAGCAGCGCGGAUACCCUCAAGCUAUAA